CCUUGGGACGUCCGGGAUCAAAGGCCAUUGUAAUUGAAAUGGUUGAGGUAAGGGUUAGGAUAAGGGUAGGGGUUAGGUUACGGACGUCCUAAGAAUACCGUAUAGCACUAACCAUUAUUGUCACGAAGAGGAUCAACUGUCAAUUGGGCUGGAGGUUCUGUAAGACCCGCCCUAUGUGCUCGACAUUUUGUAUGUGCGUUUAUAUAUAACAGUGCAGGACUGGCAAACCAACUCUGGUGUCCAUACUUUGAAGAGACAGAGGGAGGAAGGACACACAGUGUGACACGCGAAGCCAUCUCUCAUCAUCCUCGGUUGAUAUUUGCCUUUCGGAUCUACAGUCGCACAAUAGAAAAUACGCAUUUACCAAGAUGCCCAAGCCACUGACAGACCAGGAUAAGAGGAAGCAGAUAUCUGUGCGGGGGCUUGCAGGAGUGGAAAAUGUUUCAGACCUUAAGACCAAUUUUAAUCGCCAUCUCCACUUUACGCUGGUAAAGGACCGAAAUGUGGCGACCAAAAGGGACUACUACUUCGCCUUGGCCAACACUGUCCGCGACCAUCUGGUGGGCAGAUGGAUCAGGACGCAGCAGCACUACUAUGAAAAAGACCCCAAACGUGUGUAUUACCUGUCCCUUGAGUUCUACAUGGGGCGCACCCUGCAGAAUACAAUGGUGAACCUGGCUCUGGAGAAUGCAUGCGACGAGGCUACCUAUCAGUUGGGCCUGGACAUGGAGGAGCUGCAGGACAUUGAGGAAGAUGCCGGCCUGGGAAAUGGUGGCCUUGGACGGCUCGCCGCCUGCUUCCUAGAUUCCAUGGCGUCUCUGGGACUGGCAGCUUACGGCUACGGCAUCCGCUAUGAGUUCGGCAUCUUCAACCAGAAAAUUGUGAAUGGCUGGCAGGUAGAGGAGGCUGACGAUUGGCUGCGCUACGGCAACCCCUGGGAGAAGGCCCGCCCUGAGUACAUGCGACCCGUCCACUUCUACGGCAGAGUGGAGCACACCCCCGAGGGUUUGAAAUGGGUCGACACACAGGUAGUGUUGGCCCUUCCUUAUGACACCCCGGUCCCUGGCUACAGGAAUAACGUUGUGAACACCAUGAGACUGUGGUCUGCCAAGGCCCCCUGUGAUUUCAACCUGAAAGACUUCAACGUGGGUGGCUAUAUUCAAGCUGUGCUGGACAGAAACUUGGCUGAGAACAUCUCCCGUGUUCUGUACCCCAAUGACAACUUCUUCGAGGGCAAGGAGCUGCGUCUGAAGCAGGAGUACUUUGUGGUGGCGGCCACUCUGCAGGACAUCGUCCGUCGCUUCAAGUCCUCCAAGUUCGGCUCCACUGAGGUUGUGCGCGUUGACCUGUCCACCCUACCUGACAAGGUGGCCAUCCAGCUGAACGACACCCACCCUGCCAUGGCCAUCCCUGAGCUGAUGAGGAUCUUGUUGGACACAGAGCACCAGACAUGGGAGAAGGCCUGGGACAUCUGUACACGUACCUGUGCCUACACCAACCACACCGUCCUGCCUGAGGCUCUGGAGCGCUGGCCCACCGACCUGCUCCAGAACCUUCUGCCCAGACACCUGGAGAUCAUCUACGAGAUCAACCGCCGUCACCUGGAGCGCAUCGCUAAGCUCUACCCCGGGGACCAGGAUCGUCUGCGCCGCAUGUCCCUAGUGGAGGAGGGCGACCAGAAGAAAAUUAACAUGGCCCACCUGUGCAUCGUGGGCUCCCACGCCGUCAACGGAGUGGCCCGCAUCCACUCGGACAUCCUCAAAGCAACUCUGUUCAAGGACUUCUACGAGGUGGACCCCCACAAGUUCCAGAACAAGACCAACGGGAUCACGCCCCGACGCUGGCUGGUCAUGUGCAACCCUGGGCUGGCUGAAGUCAUUGCAGAGAGGAUCGGUGAGGAUUACAUCCGCGAUCUGGACCAACUGAAGAAGUUGCUGACGUUUGUGGAUGACGACUCUUUGAUUCAUGACAUCGCCAAGGUCAAACAGGAGAACAAGCUGAAGUUUUCUGCCUAUCUCGAGGAGCACUACAAGGUGAAGAUCAACCCCAACUCCAUGUUCGACGUUCAAGUCAAGAGGAUCCACGAGUACAAGAGGCAACUGCUCAACUGCCUGCACAUCAUCACUCUCUACAACCGCAUCAAGAAGGAGCCCAACAAGAAUUGGACCCCCAGGACUAUCAUGAUUGGAGGAAAGGCUGCCCCUGGGUAUCACACGGCAAAGCUGAUCAUUAGGCUGAUCACUGCCAUCGGAGAGAUUGUCAACCACGACACUGUGGUGGGAGACCGCCUCAAAGUCAUCUUCCUGGAGAACUACAAGGUCACUCUGGCCGAGAAAAUCAUCCCUGCGUCCGACCUGUCUGAGCAGAUCUCCACAGCUGGCACUGAGGCAUCUGGCACUGGCAACAUGAAGUUCAUGCUGAACGGAGCGCUCACCAUCGGCACCAUGGACGGAGCCAACGUAGAGAUGGCCGAGGAGGCUGGAGAAGAGAACCUCUUCAUCUUCGGCAUGAGGGUGGACGACGUGGACGCCAUGGACAAGAGUGGAUAUGAUGCCAUGGACUACUACAACCGCAUUCCUGAGCUGAAGCAGGCUAUGGACCAGAUCGCUGGUGGAUUCUUUAGCCCCGACCAGCACGACCUCUUCAAGGACAUUGUCAACAUGCUGCUUCACCAUGACAGAUUCAAGGUGUUCGCUGACUACGAAGCUUACAUCAAAUGCCAAGAGAAAGUCAGUGCUCUCUACAAGAACCCUAAAGAAUGGACCAAGAUGGUGAUCCACAACAUCGCUGGUUGUGGUAAAUUCUCUAGCGACCGCACUAUCUCCCAGUACGCCCGGGAGAUCUGGGGCAUGGAGCCCAGCCUGGAAAGGAUCCCUGCCCCAGACGAUCCUCGCCAAUAAACCCCAGCCCUAAAACCAACCUCUGGUUUUUCCACAGCCCCAGCUUCUGGUUUUUCCACAGCCCCAGCUUCUGGUUUUUCCUCUGGCUAUUCCACAAGAAAACCAUUUCAACAUGAGAAAUGGUUUAGAAACCUGAAAGCUCCCUGUAACUAGUACAUUUUCAUUGUGUCAUUUCAUUGUGGUCAGUAUUAGUUGAUGAUUGACUAUACAUGUAGCAAUCCCUGUCCGGCUACGUGAUGGCCAAUAACUGAUACCACUUUCAACCUCGACAUUCAGCAUUAAAUUUCUCAAUGGGCUAAUUCAAAAUCAGCAUUCACCUUCUCAAUGGGCUAAUUCAAAUCAGCAUUCACCUUCUCAAUGGGCUAAUUCAAAUCAGCAUUCACCUUCUCAAUGGGCUAAUUCAAAUCAGCAUUCACCUUCUCAAUGGGCUAAUUCAAAUCAGCAUUCACCUUCUCACAUGCACCAGCAAUGCAUAGUCAACUGGCUUGUGCAACAUUAAUAUCAUCAAUAACACUGUUCACCAUCAUUUAAGCUAACAUGGUCAGAGAAUACACCCUUUAACAGUUAGUGGGGUCAACAAGUAGCUGGACACCUCACCACUGUCUAAUGGUACCAAAACCAUGUCUUCCAAGACUGAGACAUGAUGGGACAUAGAGACUUAUCAAAAUAAAGUAUUCAAAAUAAGCACGUUCUUCUCACAUAGACACUGUGAUUCUACACUACUGAUUCGGCCUGCCAAGGACCACCUCUUUAUUCAUAUCUGCACCGAAUAACCACUCAAGUUGAAGGGACUAGGUUAACAUGCGUGAUCCUUGAUGUUAUAAAACUGUUUGCUCAAUGUAUGUCUGUCUGUAUGUCGAAUGUAGUAAUUUUUGCGUGUUAUUAAUGCUUGUGUUUUGGGUAGCCCACACACAAUCCUUAUUGCUAAAAUACUUUCUGCUAUAGGCUGUGUUUUGUUUAGAAUGAUCCCAUCAGUAUAUCCUCAAAACGUUGUUCCAGUGUUGGAAAAUGAUCCUUCAUAUAGUGCAACAAACUAAGCCUUCUCUCCUCCACCUUCUCUGCCUAAUACCUCUCUGAGUGACUAUAAUGCUGCCUUAACUAAGCUGUGUGUGUAGUUGUUCAGCCUAAAGUGACCCCACAUUGACUUCUCACUGUUAAGCUGCAAGUCUUUUUUGAUGUUCAGAUAAAUAAGCAUAUCUGGUACAAUAGUAUUUCUCACUGUUUGGAAGUCUUGGACUUAAUGUUAACGCUACUGAAUCACUAGUAAUUGAGUGUGUAGGGUUGAUAAAGAUUGCACAACGUCCAGUAGUUUUCUUCCAUUAGAGAGAUUCUGAAAAGCACUUAAAGCUUCAAACUCUGCAUUCUCUUGUCAAUGUGAAACAACAGUCAAUAAAGGAGACAAAGUUA